GCGUUUUCGGUCGUACUUUCGGAUCAUCGUGUUCAAGUAUCGUUCCGCGACGAACUAGGCUCGUGAUUCUCUCGGAAAAAUCGCCGGUCUACUACGCACGGUUUUGCUCCGCCAUCUUGCUAUCGUGAUAUCUCAACAUCGGUACAUGCUCUUUAAGCAUGAAUCGUCGAGUUGAGAGAGCGAGUACAUAUAGUAAUCGUACAUCGAAAAACGCGACGAUCGUGAGUGUAUACGUGGAGUUCGGAAAUACUCCUUAAAUUGUUUCGUCCAGGUGCCGGAUUCUCGGAAUCGCGUCGAGUGCCGGACAAUAUUUUCUCUGAACAAGUGACAUUACUUUCGCUUCGCGGCGUCUCCGAAAUAAUCGGCGAUCUUCGCCAUUUUUUUCGUCGUCGAAUAUUCAGUGAAAUAUCAAAUAUAGCCAAGUGUAGUGCAGUGGCCGAUUCUGGAAUAUCGGCGAUGAGGCCCUUCGAUAGAGCCUUGAAAAAAGCGGCGACGUGAAACGGAGCUUCGGUUUUAUUCGCGCGCGAAUAAGCUCUCGCGAUUCUCGCGUUUUACCGAAACGCGUCGAAAAUGUAAUACCUGUGUAUAAACCCGAACGUCGCCGCAAAUCGCGAACGAAAAAAUAAAUAAAUAAACGCGAGUGCAAGUGUUUCUUCUAUGAAGAGGCCCGGGGUGGCAUCAGUCAACGGUGCAACUACUAUAUGAUAACUAAAAUUGGAUAAGGACAAGUCAGAGAUGUGAAUCAAGUUGCUAUCGAGAUUAUCAACAAAACCAGUCAUUAAUCGACUCAUGAUCGGAGGUUGAAUUCGACGCAAUUUCGGAAAUGGCUGCACAGUUCUCUCCAGGUUUUAUUCGUUACACACAUGAUCCAAGAUUACAUGAUCCAAGAUUACCUUCGACACGGAUUUUUGAAGAACAAAUAUACGAAGAACCUGAAAUACGUUUAGCGCGAUUUCUAUACAUUGGAAAGGAAUAUGCCAAUUAUCAACCUGGAUAUUGGUUCUCUCAUAAUUACUUUAUUAUUAAGAAUGUUCCAUCCAUAGAAGAACUUGCUCAGAAUGAGGAAAAGCAACUGGUGCCCAUAGAAUUAAUCAUAAAUGCGUUUGAAAGCAAUCUUGUCCCACAUCCAGAAACUUUGGUAUUUGCUCUCGCAAUUUGCUGCAGGCAAAAUAAGAGCGAAAAGUUGAGAGCCGCGGCAUACGAAAAUGUAAAAAAGAUUUGUGUAUCUCCGCAAGAUUUUAUCCUGUUUAUUAAUUUCGCCUCUAGACUGUGCAGAGAAAAGGAGUUGACUUAUGUCACACAAGGAUGGGGAAAUGGCUUGAGAAAGGCUAUUAAUAAUUGGUAUCUUUCUAAAGAGCCAUUGGAUCUAGCAAAAUGUGUCACAAAAUAUAAAAGUAGGUAUGGCUGGAAACAUAAAGAUAUUGUCAAGAUGUCGCAUCCUUCAACCGAUAGUCCAGAAAAAGAAGUGGUACUGAAAUAUAUAUUAUAUGGCAUGGUAAAAAUCAAGGCGGAUUUAGAAAAACAAUCCGAGAAUCCGAAUAUUAACAAAAUAUUGGAGUAUAUACAAGAGGUAGAAGACUUUAAACACUGUGAAGAUGAAAUCCAAGCAGCUGCUCUGUUGGAAACAUAUGGAUUAUCAUUAGAACACAUACCUGGACAUUUGCUAAAAUCCAAGGAGGUUUGGAAAUCAUUGAUACCAUCAAUGGAUAUUGUUACACUCUUAAACAAUCUGCAAAGGAUUAACAAUCUUGGAUUAUUAAAUUUAGAUGGAUUGACAGUCGAGAAAGUGAAGCAGCAACUUACUAAUGCAGAAUAUAUAGCGCAAAGUAAAAUUCAUCCAGCAUUAAUUUUCAUCACUCUAAAAAAUUACGAACAUUCCGGAAAACCUUUGACUUUUGAGAAACGAAAAAUUCAACAAGCAGCAAAGAAAGCUCCAAGAUCGCCACCUAAGCCGAAUAAAGAAAUAACUCAAGCUCUAUACAAAGCAUUCGAUUUGUCAUUUGCUCAUCAACAAUCCACAAACUUGCGCUACUUGGUGACAAUUAGUACGAACAAGGCGAUGGAAGCAUGCACUUGGCAAACCGCUAACAUGACUGGCAUCGAGACUGGUUGUCUCAUCGCGAUGAUGCUUUUACGUUGCGAAACGAAUGUUACCAUAGCGACAUUCAAAAAUAAUGGUGGAGUUAACACGGUGAACGUCAACCAGACGCAAUCCUUCAGCGAGAUCUUGGAUGUAUUACACAAAAUACCCAUUGGAAGUACCAACCUGAGUAAACCAAUAUUGUGGGCCAUGAAGGAAAAGGCGAAAUACGAUGUCUUCAUCAAUAUUGUGGAUCAAGUGUACGAAAAAUAUGAUGAAUCUCAGAACACUUUCAUAUCAUAUAGAAAUGAUAUGCAACUUCCACAGGCAAAACUUAUUAAUUGUAGCGUAUGCUGUUCCUCGACAUAUCGUAAGAUAAAUUGUGACAAAAAUAUCUUGACGAUCAACGGUUUCGACGCUACUGUACCUAUUGUCAUCCAGGCGUUCUCCCAGUCUUUCUUUUAAAUAUGGAAAUUCUUCGAAACUUGUUUUUCUUUCAAGAGAAUAUGAUACAAACGGUCAAAUGAAGAAAGGAAGUUCAUUCUCCUAAAGCAUAUUUUGACACAAAAGUGGAGUAGUAUAUUGUUUUGGCAGUUUGAGGAGCCAAUUAUAUAGUGAGAAUGUAUCAAUUUUCCUUCAAAAUCGAAUCGGGCGAACAAGCAAACAACUAAUGUGAUGAAUAGAGGCGAAGGAAAGUUAUGUGCAAAUAGAACUUUUAUUAAUUACUUAAAAACAGUGACAAAUUUUUAAGUUUUAAACGUCGGCUUGGAUUUGUAUAUCCAUAACUGAAUCAAAUUUUUAAAUUUCGCCAUCUAUUAAUGUUAAUUUAUAUAAGAUCUAACAGAGAGAUAGUACAUUUGGAACGUAGAAUUACAGAGUAUUGCAAGUGAAUAAUGAAGAGUAUCGAGAAUAUUAAUGCACAAAUAGCGGCGUGCAUUAUUACUGGCGCACGACGAUAACAUUAAUAUUAUCUAUUACAUGUUCUUAGUGUUAGGAAACAGCUGUGUAGUAUUUUCCUUUUUGUGUGUAAAAAGAUCAAGUAUUUUUUUACUUCGAUUUGGAUUUUCGAUUAUACUACUACUUAAAGUAA